AUGACUCCCAACGCGCCAAAAGGUGAUGUAACUUCCAAGACCGAAGAAGGUCGUCGUGUCAAUGCCUCCUCAGCACUAUCAUUUGAUCAUGAUUUUGUCAUGGUUGACACGCCAGCUGGGCGACUCGACUGUAGCGAAGAUCAACUUCCAACCUCCGAGAGGCUGCCUGGAGACGUCCAGCAUAGAGUUAGACGACGAUGGGCUGGGCCAGUAGACUUGUCUGCACCAUUGACGGCCGGUCUUGUACGGAGAGAACGUCGACGCUCUAAUCAAGCACUGCCCAAUUUCAACGGACCCGUCAUGGAUGGGACCAAGGAAGCCAGCGCAGGGGAAAGAAACGAGUCACAUCAUGCACAUCUCGAUUCUGACCCGACGAAGUUGAAUGCGGUGCGUCGGAGGAACCCACGCUUCGACGACCCGCCAGGUAGACCUCGGAGACAGCCGUCGAAGCGGGAGAAGAAGCCGGCGCCGUCGCUAGAGAGUUUGGUGAAAGAAUUGACUGGCUCGGAUGCGACGAAGCGUAUCAGGAGCCACGCACUCGCCUGUGCCCAACAGGCUCCUGCCCUUCCAGAAGGCUGUGACGAGCAAAAAUUUUUGAACCUCGCCCGCGAGUGGGAGAAGAAGUCGGAGUUCAGCAGUCUGGUUUCCUAUAUUUGGAGAGCAUAUGGUGUUGAACGCAUGUAUCUCAAAGUUCGGAGCAAGCUCGUUAUAGAAAGUGGAGCCCCGGACCCCAAGCUACCAACAGGCAUCAUCAACGAGUUUGCUCCCGGUCUCGGAGAGGAACGCACCCCAGAGGCGGUCCGUCGGCGACUCACACUUGAUCGCAAACUUGUUAAGCUCUGCGAUUAUCUGCCUUUCAUGCCCUUCGGUGGCAAGGCAACUGUCACCUUUCAACACUUCGAACGGCUGCCGAACGAUGACAUUGAAAAGCUCCGCAGGCACCUUAAUUCUAGCCCACACGCACAAAAAUUGGCAAAGAUUGGCAAAGCAUUUCGACAUCGCAUUUUGAAGCUUGAAUCAUUUCUCUGGGAGGAUAUCAGUGUCGAAGAUCUUCGGGAGCUGCAUUCAGAUACACUACUUCACCUGCUCACCAUCCGUCGUUACGACCAGCUAAAUGGAACGUGGGGUCUCGACAAUACCAAGGCGACAGAAUUUAUUCCUGUCAGAAAUCAGUGCGAUGUGUGUAUGGACGAAAGAUGCCAGCUCCUCGGGUUUGGUCGGAAUUUGGCCUCCAAGCAAUCUGGAGGAACCGAACCAGCCAGAGUGCUUCCUGUCCAGGAGGAUCCCAGUCCGCCUCCUUCGGACGUGCCGCCUAACUCCUUCAUUGAAGUCCAACGCUCUCCCGCCACAGACUAUAACGACGCAGAUCAAAAUACUGCAUCUUUGUCGCAAAUGUGCAUGUCAAUUUCUUUCAUGAUCGAAGAGCACAGUUCUUCUGGUGCCCACGAGGCUAUGAGAAUUUCCCAGAAACGGAAAUACAGUGAUAAUGAAUGCUCUGGCCUCCCCAGAAUACGAUCGUAUGGGGAUUCCCAUUCAUCGACACAACUCUGUUCCCCGGCUACCUACAAAGGGGAUGGGCCUGCAUCCGUCCGGGACAGACAAGAUGCUGAUGUCUCUACACAUGACGAAGAAUCGCCGUACACAGCUUUCACAAGUCUGCUGCCCAAGACUCUGCUUGGGAAGGACUUACGCUGGAUACAACCUUCCUCACCAUCCCCUUUACUGCAAAUGGAAAUGGAAUGGAAACAGCAUCAAAUCUUUCGCGGUGACGAGAAUGAUCGAAGCAACGGAAACAGUGACGUGGUCAAUCCCGCUGUCAGCGAUACUUCUUCCGUUGCGAAGGGGUCUCCGGUUUCAACAGCCCCGGCAACUACUGCUAUAACCAGGUCAGAAUACUCGCACUUUCCGCCUUCUCAAUCGUCGUCAUUGUUGGGGGGCGCGAUCACAGCAUUACAAUCCCCACAAUUGCCUUUCAACUUAGUGGCCUUGGCCAGUCCUAGAGACACAGAGCACUCACUCGCGAUUGUUGAUACUGGCAGUGACAUCUCUGCCGCUGCUACUGAUGCCAGCACAGCAGGCUCCUACCGAAGCAUCGCUACAACCAAUGUGGCUGAUAUAGCGAACAUCACAGACGUUAAGCUCAUCGAGUGCGUCUCAGGGGGGCAAGAACGGUUGUCAACUACCACUGAUCCGCCGGCAAUUUACAUAGCAAGAGACCUCUCACAGCCUCUCACCCCCCGAUCAGAGCCAUCUCCAUUAUUGUAUACCAAUCAUCCUCUGAUGCAAACAACGCCAAUGCGUCCCGAUUUACCCUUACCCAUAAAUCAGACCGUGCCUACCAUGAAAGAGAACUUAAAUUGGGGAACAAUCUUUACAACGAAGAACUUUGGUGACAAGGAGGAUGGUACUCUGGCGGACGGUGUUCUAGCGGACGGGGUUCUGGCGCAUGAUAUUCUGAAGGAGUGUUUCCACGAAGACCAGUCGAAGAUGACAGUCGAGGACAUACCGCAGCUUCGGAAGGAAGGGUAUAUCCACUGGACAGACCAAAGCAUUGGUUUGAGCAUCGAUCUCAAGUCACGAUCGGAAAUCAGCAGUUUCUGGUCAUCGGAUGGAUGGGGGAUCCUCAACUCAAUUCUUGCAAAUGCGCGCAUUCGGGGGAUUUUGAGUGAUUGGUUCAAAGGACCAUGCCUCAUUGCACAUUGGAUGCGGUGGGGUAUCCUCUCUACAGGAGGUACCCCUACAUUCCUCGCGCGCAAUGCGGUCAAGCCCCCGGCAAACAGCGAAUUCGAUAUUCCAUAUCUGGGCCUCCAUGUAAUGUGCGCAGCGACAAGCGUAAAGUGCUACGCCAGGUCUCACCGCGAAGCUUGGCCGGUCAUGACCAAAACAUGGUUCACAAACUCUCGGGAAGCACUUCAAGCACACAAUAUCAGCGAAGAACUGUCGAACGGAUUGUAA